AUAGGUUAUAUUCGCGUGGCGUAACGGACGCGCUUGAUGUAACAUGGAGCAUAAUUUCGGAGUGGAUUCUCCUGCAAAUUAUGUCGCGACAUUGAAGGACGAGCUCGCCACCCGGGAGACCAGGCGAAGUCUACAUUGGCGCACGACGUGAUCGUCAUCGUCGGCGACGAUAAAACGAGAUCUUUCGGCGAACGUCGCGAGCGAGCGAGCAUGUGGGUGUUUGGUUAUGGUUCUCUGAUAUGGAAAGCGGACUUUCCGUACGAAAAGAAGCUCGUUGGCCACAUCAAGGGAUACAUCAGACGGUUCUAUCAGAAAAGUACCGAUCACAGAGGCGUGCCCAACAGGCCUGGACGCGUGGUGACGUUGCUCGCCGCCACUAAUCCUGACGAUGAAGUAUGGGGACUUGCCUACAAGAUAUCCUCUGAGAAUAUAGAGAACGUGGUGAAUCAUUUGGAUUUCCGAGAGAAGGGUGGCUACAUAAAAAAAACCGUCCUCUUCUAUCCCUGUGAUUUCUCAAAGUCUGUGCAAACUGGCUCAAAUGCCAUCGUGUCUUUGAACGAGCCCUCGAGGACAAGCUUCUCAACGGCGUCACUGUCAACCGUUGCGGAUGAAGCGCCUUUCUACCUCACUAUCUACAUAGGUGAAGAAGAUAAUCCGAAUUUCGCCGGUUUGGAGAGUAUAGACACCAUUGCGAAACACAUACUUGUUUCACGUGGUGUCAGCGGUUCUAACGUGGAAUAUCUCUAUAAACUGGCGUCUGCAAUGCGUACGAUAGCACCUGGCGUGCAGGACGAGCAUCUGUUUGCCUUAGAAAGAGCCGUAAAAGAAUUGGAAGAAGAGAAAGAGGAGUCGCUGGAUCAAUUUUCAUAAAAUGUAUUGCUAUAACAAAAUAUGGCCAAUUGUAUCCAUCACAGUCCAUCCGGCUAUUUGAAUAGUUUGUAGUCAAUCUGAUUUUCUCUUUCUCUCUUUAGAGAGAUUUCGAUUAAGAUUAGGUAGCAAAUUAUAAUAAUUUUGUGAUGAAAUUUAAAGAUUUCGUUCAAGAAAUGUUAAGAUUGACACCCAACUGUUGAUGCAAUUGACCAAGAAAUAAAAAAGACGAAACUUUUUGCAUUGUCUAAAACAAUAAUAGAAAAAAAUGAUAAUAUUCCCGUACAGUUGUAGGCAUUUCUAAACAAUGAAAUAUAUCGUAUUUAUUAAAUAAAUUAUAUUUUCGCAUAAA